AUGGACCACCCACAAACACCCCGCAUCCUCGCCCCGCACCUCGCAAACUUCCAACAUCGCAUCGUGCGCAUGCUGGGCAAGGUCACGCAGUUGCGUGGCGAGACAGCGGUCAUCGAUGCAGGGGGCAAUGUUGAUGUCAUUUUGAACAGGGUAAGCACUUCCAUCCACGGUUUCAUCCCAUCCCCGCAUUCGAGGAAAAGAGUCGAGGAACGUAAUCGAGAACAUGAGUUAAUUCGAACGAAACAGGACUCACACCUCGCCGUCGGCCACGCGGUGGAGAUUAUCGGCAAGGUAGAUCAGAAUCUGCACGUCAAGGUACAAGCUGCUACUGACUUUGGGACGAACAUCGAUUUCAAUGCAGCAAAUGCAGUAGUAGAUGCUACACAUCGGUACAAGGAGAUCUUCUACGACGACAACUAA